GUCUUUUCCCAUUGACUUACUUCCCUUCCUUUCCUACAUUAACCCUAACUACGUAUCCUCCAACCUCAUCCUCCACCUCCACCACAAUGUCUGCCAUUCACAAAGUCGCCAUCUUCGGAGCAUCCGGCAACUUUGGCACCCCAAUCACAGCAGCCCUGCAAUGCGCCCCAGCCUUCGCCAUCACCAUCAUCACCCGCCCCGAAUCCACCUCCACAUUCCCACCGGGUCUUCCCGUCAUCCGGACCCCUUACACCCUCGCCGACCUAACCGCCGCCCUGACAGGCCAAGACGCUGCCAUCUGCGUCGUCGGGCCCGGGGGCAUUCCCGCACAAGCCACCAUGGUCGAAGCGGCUGCCGCUGCCGGCGUACAACGGUUCAUCAUCGACGAUUUCGGCUGGGGGCAUAACCCCCACAGCCUGCCGGAGUUCAGCGCCAUCCAUGCGCAGCGCCGCGUGGGGUGGGACCUGGCGCAACAAACGGCGCGGGAGAACCCCGGGUUCACGUUUACGGGGAUCACGACGGGAAAUCCGAUUGAUUGGGCAAUGAAAAAGUUCCCCAUGAUGGGCUUCGACAUCGCCCACGAGGCGGCUAUCAUCUACGACUCGGGCACGGAGAAGUUCACCGGCACGACUUUGGCAGGGAUCGGACAGGCGGUGGUCGGGGUGUUGCUGCAUCCGGAGGAGACGGCGAAUCGCUUCGUCAAGGUUCUGUCGAUUGUCACCAGCCAGAAUGAGUUGUUGGAGGCUUUCCAGCGGGCUUCGGGCCGGCAGUGGACGGUGCAGCGUGACUCGGCGCAGCGGUUGAUGGAAAGCGGACACCGGAAGUUUGAGGGGGGAAAUGGCAUGUGGAGGCUGGAGUUGGUGGUCGCACAGAUGUUCGAUGAAGGGCAGGCCCGCUGUGUCGUGGCGCCUUCGUGGUCGGACUCGGACUCGCCCUUGUUGGGGGUGGCAGAAGAGAGUGCAGAUGAGGUGGUGGCUAAGGUGUUGCAGGUGUAGAGUGGAAUAGGAAAAAUUCAAUCAUAGGGUGCCUCAUGG